AAAAAUUUUAAGAAUAUGUCUUGUGAAGAAAUUGUAAUGGAUAAUUCUGAAAAAUUUAAUUCUUUAUCUAAUGUAGAUGAUGAGCUUGAUAACAGUAAUAUCGAAUUAUUAGUCUCUACUUCUACUCAAACUUCAAAUUUAAU